AUGGACAGGGACAGGGACAGGGACCGGGAUAGGGACAGGGACAGAGACAGAGACAGCGACAGAGGCAGAGACAGAGACAGAGACAGAGACAGAGACAGAGACACAGACAGAGACACAGACAGAGACAGAGUCAGGGACAGAAACAGGGACAGGGACAGGGACAGAGACAAGGGACAGGGACAUGGACAGGGACAGGGACAGGGACAGCGACAUGGACAGAGACAGACACAGACACAGGCACAGACACAGACAGACACAGGCAGACAUAGACACAGACACAGAGACAGAGACAGAAACAGAGACAGAUACAGACACAGAGACAGAGACAGGGACAGGGACAGGGACAGGGACACGGACACGGACACGGACACGGACACGGACAGAGACAGAGACAGAGACAGAGACAGAGACAGAGAUGGAAAAAUAUCAAUAUCUCGUAAACUUUGUAUCAACGGGCGAUUGAUCUCGAGAGAGACCGUCGAGGAGAGUAGUAGGAAAGAUUGA